AAAUUUCAAAUCCCCGCUUACCCCAACCAAACCUCCCCUUAAAUUAGGCCUAAACCUCAAUCGUUUAUCGUCAUUCUCUUAACGAAAGCAAAAGCUAGAGCAAUUUAUCUUUUAUCUGCAAAUCUCUCUCGAUUCAAUCAGCAAUGGCCCGUACCAAGCAGACUGCAAGAAAAUCCACUGGAGGCAAGGCCCCUCGCAAGCAGCUGGCAACUAAGGCUGCCCGGAAGUCUGCCCCGGCCACCGGAGGCGUGAAGAAACCCCACCGUUUCAGGCCAGGAACUGUGGCUUUGAGAGAAAUCAGGAAGUACCAGAAGAGCACUGAGCUUUUGAUCCGCAAGCUUCCGUUCCAAAGGCUUGUGAGAGAAAUUGCUCAGGAUUUCAAGACUGAUCUCAGGUUCCAGAGCAGUGCUGUUUCUGCUCUUCAAGAAGCAGCUGAGGCUUAUCUUGUGGGUCUCUUUGAGGACACAAAUCUGUGUGCUAUUCAUGCUAAAAGGGUUACAAUCAUGCCUAAGGAUAUUCAGCUGGCUAGAAGGAUCAGGGGUGAAAGGGCUUAAUGACAUGUUAGAUAUUUCUGGGUAGAUGGACAACUCUUAUCUCUGUUUGUAUCUUCUAGGUAUCAUAAGUCUAUUUCCAUGUCUAGUGCCUUUGCCUCCAAGUACUAAAAGAUGCGAUCGUUUUAGAUGUAAUGGAAGGAUGAUUACUUGCUAUAUCAGCUGAGUUCGCAUCUCAUUUUUGUGCA